CUGUGGCAUUCUUGUGUGGUCUCCGACACGCUUUAGUUCCCGCCACAUUUCCCGAAAAGCAGCAGUGACUCGUGCGUGAAAAUAUUUAUGCAAUGAACGACGCAAUUCAACUCGGGAUGCCAUUUAGCCAGAACGGCCCAAGGAAAUCCCCAGUUGAGACAAUCAGCUCCUGAUCACAACUUUAAAAAAUCGAUACAUUUGUGUACGGGUCGCCUUGAACCAUUCUUACGGCUCAGUCAGUCCACAACAAACCGCAAAUAGAUCGAUUUUUCACUGCGUGGAGAUAGGAAAACGUCGCGAUGUUUUCAAUCGUCGGAAUGUUUAGAGGGACAACCCCUCAACUGAUUGCCGUAUUCUUCAGUACAAUCGGAGCUAUAUCAGAUGGAAUGCACUAUGGAUGGUCCGCACCCUUCCUCCCCGUGCUGGAAGGUGAAAACAGUCCCGUUACAAUAUCACAUUCCGACGUCACCUGGCUAGAAACGAUCUACUUGAUCGGUGGCUUGGCCGGCCUGCCAGUUACCAUUUUCUGCGUCGACAAGCUAGGAAGAAAAGCGUCCAUUCUUCUCGCGGCAGCAGUCAGCUUAGUAGCUUGGAUAUUGAUCGCCGUUGCCAACAACGUGUGGUACAUCUACGUGGCUCGGUUUAUGACCGGUUUAUCUGGGGAUGUUGCAUUUGUGGCUGCUCCCAUGUACAUCGCCGAAAUAGCUGAUAAAAAUAUUAGGGGUUUUCUGGCAGGCACAAUAUACGUUAUGAUGCUGGUGGGCAUUCUCGUAGUCUACGCGGUAGCACCGUAUGCGCCAUUUUACGUUUCCUCGAUAAUCGGUGCAGGUUUCGUGAUCAUACAACUAGUAGUAUUCCCGUUCAUGCCCGAUUCACCGUAUUACCUUCUUUCGAAAAACAAGUACGACAAAGCGAAGGAGCACUUGAAACGGCUGAGGUCGUCUGGCAAUGUGGAUAAAGAAAUGGAGGAAAUCGCGGGCGCCGUGAAACGCCAACGAAGCGAGAGAGGCAGACCUCAAGACUUGGUAAUCAACAAAGGCAAUCGUAAAGCUCUGGUGAUCAUGAUAGUAUUAAACGCGGCUCAGCAUUUUAGCAGUAUUAGCGUUAUGUUGAUGAAUCUCCAUUCAAUCCUCAAGGAAGCGGAAUCGACGUAUAUAUCGUCAGAAAUCGCCGGCAUCCUGUUCUCCGCACUGAUGUUGAUAGCCGCGACCAUUGCUGACGUUAUUUGCGACAAAUUCGGCAGGAAAGCGUUGCUCAUAUCUUCGAGCCUGUUGAGCGGGAUUUCGUUGUUGGUGCUGGCGGUUUACUUUACCUUAAAAAAUACGGGUUACGACGUGAAAGAUUUGUCUUGGAUCCCGAUAGCGGCUGUCUUGAUAUACGCGGCAGUCUUCAAAUUCGGCUUGGGCAUUAUUCCGAUCGUGAUGACGGCCGAACUGUUCCCCGCGAAAGUGAAAGCAAUGGGCAUGACGCUGGCUGACUUCUCUUAUUUGUUAUUCGGAUUGAUUUCCGUCGAGCUGUAUCAAAAACUCUCCGACGCCUUUUAUCUCGAUUUGCCUUUCUACAUAUUUUCGGCGUCGACGCUUUUGACCGCCAUGUUUUCGUGGCUGUAUAUUCCGGAGACGAAAGGCAGGACGCUGGACGAAAUUCAAUUUAUAUUGAAGGGAGAACCGGUACCCGAAAGAAAACCCAGCAGUCAACUCGAGAAAGUUGAAAAUGGUAUCGAGGACAAGGAUAUUACGCUAACGCAUAUAAGCAAAUCAGAUACUUCCCAAGAUGACGUUCCUGUUAAGUAACUGGCUGAAUUCGACGAUAACGCUACCGUUUAUAGUUUGUAGUGUGGUUCUGAAUAUAUUUUUUUGUGAACACUCGAAACCCUUGUCAUAAUCGUUUUCACAUUCAUUGCUUUCGAUUUGUCUUUAAGCAAUCGCAUUCGAGACUGGACGAAGUUGUUAGUUUUAUAACAAUUGCCUAUGUAGUAUUGUAAAUAAAAGUAGGGUAACAAAUUUAAAAACGCGACAUGUGAUAAAAUGAAUUGUUAAGUUUGAUAAAUAUUAUAAAUUCGACGCCAGCCUAAAUUAAAGCCUAUAUUGCA